CUCUCAUUCCCACCUUUAUAUAUCUACAAGUCUAGAUUCACAAACCCACAAACCAAACCCAUCUCCUCCUUUUUUGUUUCAAACAUGGCGAAACUUUCCUCUGUUGUUGUUCUUUCUUGUUUUCUUCUGUGCGUUGCUUUUGCAACAGCCAUGGACAUGUCCAUAAUCCAAUACGAUCUGAAACACGGUUUGAGGACCGAGAAACACUUGCGUCACAUGUACGAGGCUUGGUCGAUGAAGCAUGGAAAGGCUUACAAUGCCUUGGCAGAGAAGGAAAAGAGAUUCGAAAUCUUCAAGGACAACCUGCGGUUCAUCGACGACCAUAACGCGAAGGAGAACCCCACGUACAAGCUUGGCUUGAACCGGUUCGCCGAUCUGACCAACGAGGAGUACCGGUCCAUGUUUUUGGGCACCAAGAUGGACCGGAAGGGAAUGCUUUCCGGGACCAAGAGUGACCGGUACGCUUACCGGUCCGGCGAGGAGUUGCCGGAGAGUGUGGAUUGGAGAAAAAAAGGAGCUGUCGUUGAUGUUAAGGAUCAAGGCCAAUGCGGGAGUUGCUGGGCAUUCUCUACUAUUGGUGCGGUGGAAGGGAUAAAUAAAAUUGUGACAGGUGAUCUUAUCUCCUUGUCGGAGCAAGAAUUGGUGGACUGUGAUCAGACAUAUAACCAAGGAUGCAAUGGAGGUCUCAUGGACUAUGCCUUCCAAUUCAUCAUAAAUAAUGGUGGCAUUGAUUCUGAAGAAGAUUACCCUUACAAGGCUCGUGAUGGCUCAUGUGAUCCCAAUCGGAGAAAUGCUCGGGUUGUGACCAUUGAUGGAUAUGAAGAUGUACCUACAAAUGAUGAGAAGGCCUUGAUGAAGGCUGUGGCAAAUCAACCAGUUAGUGUUGCCAUUGAAGCCGGUGGCAGAGCUUUCCAACUCUAUGACUCGGGUGUCUUCACUGGGCUCUGUGGAACACAACUAGACCAUGGUGUGGUUGCUGUUGGAUAUGGUACAGAAAAUGGUGUGGAUUACUGGCUUGUGAGGAACUCUUGGGGUUCAGAUUGGGGUGAGAAGGGGUACAUCAAGUUAGAGCGCAAUGUGGUCAGCACCAACACUGGCAAGUGUGGGAUAGCAAUUGAGGCCUCAUACCCAAUCAAGAGCAGUGAGAAUCCCCCCAACCCUGGUCCCUCUCCCCCAUCUCCUCCUCCAAGUCCGGAAACUGUUUGUGACGAAUACUACUCGUGCCCUGCGGGAAGCACAUGCUGCUGUAUGUAUCAGUAUGGUGAUUACUGUUUUGGAUGGGGAUGCUGCCCCUUGGAGUCUGCAACCUGCUGUGAUGACAAUUACAGCUGCUGCCCUCAUGAGUAUCCUGUCUGUGAUGUUAGUGCUGGAACUUGCCGUGUGAGCAAGGACAAUCCAUUGGGAGUUAAAGCUUUGAAGCGGAGUCCUGCUAAAAGCUCUUGGCCUCGCCAUAUUGCUGACAAGAAGAAAAGCAGUGCUUGAGAAUCCUUGGGGUCAUGUUGGGUCUGAAAAGUGCAAAGGCAAAUGAUGAAGAAUUUAGAGCUAUAAUUGAAGGGUUGCAAGAAGAAAUGCUAUUUCUUCAUUAAACUCAAAGUUUCUGCAGACCCCAAUUAAACCUGGGAUGGAGACUUUCAAUGUUGUUUUUUUUAAUAUAUUUUUUUAUAUGAUGAUUACUGUAAAUACUCUCAUUAUUUGCCUAGACUCAAAAAUUAGAAUUGUCAAUCAACCAAUAAUUUGUAUAUA